AUGAAUAAAAAUAAUAAUGAUGGUCACUUUGAAAAUUCGACAUCAACAUCAUCAUCACUUAAUGAUAGAAAAGGAACAGAAAAAAAAGAUAAUCAUAUAAUACAAAAUUUUUCAACAGAUUUAGAUCUAAAUAAAAAUGAAAAUAUUAGCGAAAAUAUAACAACAGAUUUAAAUUCUUCUUAUAUAAGUGAUGAAGAUGAUAACCAAGAAUAUAAUAAUGAGGAUGAAGAUUAUGAUCAGCAGGAUGAUCACUAUAAAAGUGAUUUUUUUAAUUCUGUAUCAAAAAAUUAUAAAAAUACAACAUCAACAACAACAACAACAACAAAUAAAGCGCAUAUAAACAAUAUUGAAAACGAUAUCAAUAAUAAUAAUAAUAAUAAUAAUAUAGUUUUAGUAAAUACAAAAAAUACAUUACAAUAUUCACAAAAAGAAACAAAUAAAAUAAGGAAAAAAAAUACUAAAAAAUUAUUAGAAUACGAUAAAAAUAACCUUGAAUAUACUUUAAAUAGAUUAAAAAAUUCUUCAAAUUAUUGUGGUAGUGAAUUUUCAAGGUUAUUAUUAUCUGUAAAUUCAAUUUGUAAUAAUAUAACAAAAUUAUCACACGAUAAUAUGGAAAACUAUUCAAAUAUUAUAGAUAAAACAACAUUUGAAAGUAUAAAAUGCGCAGAAUCAAUGAAAAUGUUGAUUAAUAAUAUGGAGUUAUUAAAUUCUGAUAUAUUUGAAAUUUAUAAAUUAAAUAAUCAAACGGAAGUAUUUUUUUUUUUUUUUUUUUUUUUUUUUUUUUUUUUUUUUUUUUAA